UCUUCCCCCACCCGCAGGUGGUGCUGCCUUGGACCAGGCUUUGGGGAGGGUUUGAGACGCUUCGGACCCCUUUGUGGCCAUGGCCACCCUGAGCACCAAGCCCAGCCAGCGCUUCCGGCUGUCCGACUGGAACACCAACAGUUACCUGCUGUCCACCAACGCCGAGCGGCAGCGGGAUGCUUCGCACCAGAUCCGCCAGGAGGCCCGGGUCCUCCGCAAUGAUACCAACAACCAGACCCUUUGGGAUGAGCAUGACAACCGGACUCGGCUGGCAGAGAGGAUCGACACGGUCAACCGCUGGAAGGAGUUGCUGGACAAGUGUCUGACGGACUUAGACGCCGAGAUCGCUGCCCUGGCGAAGAUGAAGGAAUCAGCAGAGCAAAACCUGCAGGCCAAGAACCUCCCGCUGGAUGUGGCCAUUGAGUGUCUGACCCUGCGGGAGAGCCGGCGAGACAUCGACGUGGUGAUGGACCCAGUGGACGAUGAGCUGCGCAAAGAGGUGGAGGUCAUUGAGGCCACCAAGAAGGCCCUGCAGCACAAGAUUGGCCAGGCCUUUGAGCAGCUCUGCCUCCUGCAGGAAGUCCGACAGCAGCUCGGCUCCGACCAUCGGGGCAAGAUGGAGACGCUGGAGAUCGACAGGGGCUGUCUCUCUCUCAACCUCAAUUCUCCAAACAUCUCUCUGAAGAUCAACCCAACCCGUGUCCCUAAGGACUCCACCACACUGCAGGAGUGGGAUGAGUUCAGCCAGUUCAACAAGGACCGAGCGGAGGCUGAGAUGAAGGCAGCCACAGAGCUGAGGGAGGCCAUCGUCUUAACGAUUGCUGAGACCAACAAUGAACUCGAAGCCCAGAGGGUAGCAACAGAAUUCACCUUCAGGAAGCGGCUGCGCGAGAUGGAGAGAGUGUACAGUGAACUCAGAUGGCAGGAGAAGAAUACCCUGGAGGAGAUCACUGAGCUGCAGGCGGACAUCCGGCACUUGGAGGAGGAUCUGCGCAGGAAGCUGCUGAACCUCAAGCUGGCCCACACCCGGCUGGAGGCCAGAACCUACCGGCCCAACGUGGAGCUCUGCCGGGACCAGGCCCAGUAUGGCCUCACAGACGAGGUUCACCAAUUGGAGGCGACCAUCGCCGCCCUGAAGCAGAAGCUGGCACAGGCACAGGAUGCUCUGGAUGCCCUAUUCAAGCACCUGGCCCGGCUGCAGGCUGACAUCACUUGCAAGGCCAACUCUAUGCUGCUGGACACCAAGUGCCUGGACACGCGACGCAAGCUGACUGUGCCGGCCGAGAAGUUUGUGCCCGAGGUGGACACCUUCACCCGGACCACAAACCGCACUCUAAGUCCGCUUAAAAGAUGCCAGCUGGAGCUGGCCUAG